CGAAGCUCCAACACGCUUCCUGCUCUCUGCGCAUCGUCUCACUGCGGAGCUGCUGCGUUACGACGAGAGAUUCCGAGAGCGCACACCGAGAGAACGGAGACUUUGCCGCCUUUGCGGAAGGAAUGCGGAGACGGAGGUCCAUGCAGCACCGACUUGCACUGGGUUGUCAGAUUUACUACACACAGCUUGAAAAUACUUCCUCUCUGAUGUCCUCCUCGUCACAUGCGACAGGGUAAGAGCUGCGAAGUCCCCCGAGCAGUAUUUGGCGUUCCUGAUCGAUCCGUGGAACUUGGUGUUGCCGUGGUCCGGUUCAGAACCUGAGUGAACCCGGUUCGAACCUGAACUGGACCCUAGGUCUGGUUCGCCGAGAUGCCCGAAACCGGACUGAACCGAUGGUUCGGUCCACGGUUCAGGUGGCGAGGGCCAUUCGAUCAUACAGUGGAAAGUGUCUGGAAAAACUACCGCGUGAAGCGGCAGAUGCUUCACUCGUGGUGAGUUUGUCGCUACUAAUUUCAAUUGAUUGUCUCAUUCGCCGAUAGCUCUGUGAUUGCUGUGAAUAUAUUGGUUUGCGAUGAAGUCUUACGAGCCAGGAGAAUAUCGCUGAAGCCCGAUGGUCCUGGGCCCAGUAGAAAUGUAUAUUAACAUUGAUAGAACACAUCGGUUCAUCACAAUUUGGUCUUGGGAACGUCGGUCCUAAUUGACCUCCACUAGAAAUGCAAAUUAGGACCAGUGGCACGUCAGAUUCGCGAAAGUCCACGGACCCAAGGAAACCAGUCUCCCAGGUCUUUGGACAACUGGCUGGUGAAUUUGGGCUCCCGUUUCUCCAUGAACGCACGCACACCCUCCUCGCCAUCAUGUGACGCGCCCAAUGCGCGCAUCGCACGCGAGUCAAGCAAAUGGUUCUCUUCGAUCGAGUCCCCAGGAUGCUGGAUCAACCCUUUCGCGACGGCAAUCGACACCUGAGAUGUUUUGGAAGCAAGCUCAUGCGCGAAGGCCACGGCGGCCGGAAGCACUUCCUCGCGGGUAGGGAAGAUUUGGUGGUACAGGCUGCUAAUGAGAUGCGAGUCGGCACUGAUUGUGCUGCCGCUCAGAAUGAGUGACAUGGCGCGCGACUGGCCGAUGAGACGUGGAAGAAGAUACGAGGACGUCGCCUCUGGAACGAUACCGCGCCGAACAAAAGGGAAUGUGAGCUUGGCGCCUUUCCAGAUGAAGCGGAAAUCGAAUGGCAGCUGCAUAGUAGUCAUUCCCACACCAGCCUAGAGCGAAGACAUAAAACCAUGGCAAUAUGGGACACGUGGAAUGGCUCACAGCGUGCCCGUUGACUGCGGCAAUAGUGAUCUUGCGGCAGCGGUAGAUGACUAGAGAGGUCUUCCCACCAGAGUCGCGGUGGCCAAGAGGGCCCUCCUUCGUCUCUUCUGGGUCCCAGAGCAAGCUCCAUCCCUCAGAGAUGUCGACCUACAGGACAGGACAAAUGAGACAAGAGCAAGUAGUGCGGGAAUGCGAUACAUGCCCCCGCACAGUAUGCCGGAGCUGUAUGUUCUGCGGACAUGACGACAGCUUUAACGCGGUCAUCCCUGUCGGCGAGCUCAAACACUUGACGAAGCUCCGAAGGCAGAGGGCGAUUCCAGGUGUUCCGACUGAUGAACACUGUGAGGGACAAUUCGAACCUUCCCAUUCGCUACGCACUCUUUUGCCCUAUUCAUAAGAACAAUGAGAACCGGCCCAUCGAGGCGAGCGAUGAUGUUCUUGAAGCCGAGAGCUGAAUAAUCGACGGUGGACAUGGGUGUUCGGAUGAGAGAAUGCAGUCCGGAAUUUCCUAAACCUGUGAUUGACGAAGUGUGAGCCACUGUCCGGUCCAAUGACCACCGGUUCCCCGUGCCGAAGAUUCAUGCCAGCCGACUAUCCCCUUAUUAAGAGUGGGGAAGAAACGCGUCCGGAGAGGGUAGGAAGGCUGACUUGCAUAACUGAGAAAGCAUUGUCGAAAGUUGCGAUCAAAAUAUCUAGCUCGUAUUUGUUCUGCACCGCGUCCUGCGUCCGCGACUUCCCCUCGUGCGUGGACUUCUCAAGCCAACAUCGCCACCCACUUCAGCGGCACCCUAUGUAUGGCAGAGACCUCAUUACAUGCGCGCCUCUCGUCACCUGCAACUCCCUCCUCCGAAAAAUCAUGGAACUCAAAGAGCAGUUCGCCUUCCGGAUUUUAUUAUACACAUCCCCGCGCGACGUCUCGGCAGCAUGUUCACGAAGCCACUUCCUCAAGAAGUCUCGCAUGCACAGACUUGGCCGAUUCGUCCCCCUCGUCGUUGUCGAACCGGUUGGGACCAAAAGUGAUGCCUUUGCUAGAGAGAAUCGACAUGGAAUCUGAGGGGACUGCCAACGGUCAUGUCAACGAAAGCCUGCAGAACUCAUUUCUUGGUUCCAAUAGCAGUUCCCCGAGUUCCUCCAGCGCGGAUACUUCUGCAGGGAGCAUCGAGAUCGGAGAAGUAGCAGAAGAUAGGCGCCCGGUGGUGUUUACAACCGAGCCUUCCAAGUUGCAUUACGAUGCCAAUGGUACCCGAAGCGGCUAUUACCAGAAAGGGUCCACCCCACCAUCUUCUGGAUCCUCAUCUUUCUCCUUUGCGGACAUUACGGCUGUCGAUGCGAUCAUCAAUGAUCCAGCACGAGUGGCCAAGGAAUACCAGCCGGGCCAGUCUUCGACGAAGCAGACCCUAGACGAAGCCAGCGCAGUGUCAGCCUCUCUGCCACACGGUCAACCUUUCACAACCGGCGACGAAGCGCCGGUUUCCGCACUCGAACGCGACUCUCCGCGUACACAAGCGGGUAUCACACUCAGGGACGCAGUGCUCAAUAACGCCAGGCGCCGAGACCGUGACUUGAAUGUCAAAGAAACCGAGCGGAAAAUCAAUGAAUUGUUGACGCCUCAUGUGGUCCAGGCCUUUGUCACGAGGAUAGGCCACGUCAAAGAUGAACUGAGCGUGAAGUUUGGGGAGGCGCGCCUGAAGGAUGUGUUCGCACCGGAACAGCCCAGGAACGGUCUCGGGGAUCCUCUUUCUUUGAGCAACAAUGGGCAAUCCUUGCCACCUCCGAUUCAAGAGCCACGCAGUACAUCAUUUCAUUCUGGACCUUCGCUGAAAGGGAAAGAACGGGACUUUGGCAGUGAUCGACGCUCUGUGCAAUCCCUUUCCCCACAAAGAGGCCGUAGGCUUGAGGAAUUCGAUCCAUCAAGAAGUCGACCUCCGCUUCGACCCCGGUCUCCAGUCCGACGAGCUUCACCGAACGGGCAUUACCAUUCGGCACGGCGCCAUUCUCCAUUUCCGCACUCUCCUCUCAUCCAUUCUCCUCGCCAGCAUUCUUCCGGAGACAGUCGAUCUCCGCAACGUUAUUCUCCGCGCCGCAACCAGUCGCCGCCGUGGGAAUACCCUUCUCGACGGCAGUAUUCUCCCCAACGACAAACAACACCUUCACGAAGGCGGUCACCUGACGGGGGUAUCGAACCGAUGCGACCGUCAUCGAAUGGCCCGCGUUCUCCGUCGCCACAUCGGACACAAGCAGGAUCAUUGCUGUCAAAUUUAGUCCCCAGCCACAUGUUCACCGCUGGUUCCACAGUAGGACCCUCUGGCCGAGGAACUGACGCAAUUCUCCCACCGGCAGUCCCACCCCGACCUGAGAAUCCAUGUGAUAACGUGCCAGGGCUGUGGAUGGUCAAAGUAGGCAGUGCUUGGUCUACUCUCCUCGAAGUCACCUUUCAAGUCGAACCUGGGCUCGCCUACGCAUGGGAUAUUCCGCUGCCGUGGGUUUCUCUGACUUUCUUCCUGGCGUUCGCCAGACUGACGCCACCCAGAGACGAGGAUCCCGCCACGCGACGACACAGGCCGCCAAAAAUCGCUGUGAAUCUCCUCUGUGUGUCGACCGCCGCGCUCUCGGAGAUGUAUGACAAUUUGCGAGACCCGACACCCGCGGACAAGGCGAAUGCGACGUUCGCACUGGAGUGCAUGUGGCCGCCGGACAAUACACUUGUGGUUGACAUCCGCGGCGGCGAAGGAGGCGGGGGCCGGUCCUGGUUGCCUUACGAUAUGCACGCGGGCUCGCCGAUCGACGUGACGGACUAUAUCCAAGCGGGUGCCAACACGAUUCGCCUCUCGUUGCUCCAGCCGAUGAGUGACAGGACCUUCAUCCUGCACGCAUCGCCUCGCGCCCCCGCACCUGCGCCCCAAAUCGUCGGAAGUGGGGGGACGGGCCUGUGGGACUUUUCCACGACACUGACCGUUCUUCCAUGA